AUUUCUUCAUCAGAUACAAUUACUGAAGCACGUCGAUAUGCAAGAUUUUAUGAACUUGGUGGUGAAUGUUUGGAGAAACCUAUUUAUAAAAGAAACAGAAUUUCUCAAGAAGAAUUAGAUCAAUUACAACGAUUUUUGAAUGAUAAAAAUAAUAUUAUAAUGAGCAGUUACAAAACUGAUGCUAAAACAGGACUUCCAGUAAAAUAUCUCAAAGAUACAAAAGAAGCAUUAUGGGAAAAAUUUAGUCAACAAUUACCAAAUGGUGUUAAAUGUUUAACUUUUUUAACAUUUAUGAAAGGUAAACAAUAUAUUUAUUGA